AGGCCACCCUCAGAAUUCAUUCCUCCCAUCCAAGAACCAUAUCAAUACAUAAUUUUCUGUGCAUCUGAGGUCAAAGAUCUUGCAGUUGAUGAACCAGCUCCUCCAAGUCUUUGUAGUGUUCAUGAUGAUCCUGUGGUGCUGUGGGUGAGU